AUGAAAACCAUACGAAUGGGUGCAGAGGCAUUCAUUUAUUAUGAUAGAAUCAUGCUCGCGAUUAAUGAAAAACAGGAUUAUGUGCUUAUGAAAUACAUUCCCAUAUUUUAUAUGCUCCUCCAUGCAGCAGUAGCUACUCACACUAGAGCAAAAUUGAAGUAUCCACAACUAGAACAGUCUGCGAGUCAGAGGCGGCGCGAAUCGGAGGAAACUUUGGCAACACUUCAAAGUGGACUUCUUGCGCGUCAUUCACCUUCAGCUCUCAUCUAUGAUGUGCUACCUCUAAUCGUACAAAUUGUUCAACCACCUAUUAAAGCGAUGAACCAGCAGUUGUAUAGCUCUAAGGAAUUAGAACAGAUCAACGGAGUUGUAACUACCAUGGCUGACUACCAUCUCACCUAUGCCCCUACCGUUGUUAAUUUCCAAGCACAGUACCUGUUUCAGCCGUAA